AUGUAUAAAAAUCAAAUAACGCUACAAACCCCGACGCUGCUAUCGAUCCCGAAUUCUUCAAUGACGGAUUCUUUUCUGCCAACCACGAAUGCUUCGAUGACGGAUUCUUUAUUGUCAGCAUCAAAUUCGUCGACGGUUGUCGAAUCAAUACAUCCUGGCGAAUGCCAUCAGGUGACGGAUGAUGGUAAGCCCAACAUCGUAAAGAACAAAAUAUCAAAAUGGCGUAAGGGAACUAUUGCGAUUCCAAAUGUUACCACGAGAAAACGUUCAACGCGUCGAAAAUGGGCGGUGAACUCUGGUGCAUCAAAGUCAUUGCAUAAGAAAGCAUACGAAGAAUUGAAUCGUCAGAUAAAUUUCUAUAACGACCAAUUCAUUCGUAAGAUGCGAUGUGUUGAAUCAAUGCCAAUUGAACAGCAAUCGAAAUGGUUACGAAAUUCUGCUUUACUUUCAGAAUCGAAAAAAAGCGACGAACUCGAUCAAGAUAUUGAAGAAUUGAUGGCAAGAAUGUCCGGCAAUUCCAUGGAAGUGGACGAUUAUUCUGUUGUCUAUAAAUAUCAAUUGGAAUGCGUCGCUGAACAAGAAUUUUUUGUUGGCAUCCGAUGA